GUCAGCGUUCCACAUGGAUAAUUACACCAGUGAUGAAGACACAGAGGAGGACUUUGAUACCCAGCUCAUCAUCCAGCAGAGCUUACAGGACAUUCACCAGCUGAGGACUACACAGCAGGCAUCUGCAGAUGAGAGCUUCCAUUCCUUUUUGAGCUCGGACUACAAGAAGAUCAUUGAAACAAUAGAGGCAGGAGAUGCACUGUCACACUUGACCAAGCACCAUUCUGCUUUUGAUGAAGCAGAUGCGAUAGGCUGGCUUCCUCUGCAUAAGGCUGCAGUGCAGUUAAAUAAGGACAUUUUGGAAAUAACCCUGAAAGCUUCAAAACCUAGCAUGUGGGAGCAAACCACGCACAACGGUGAAACGCCACUUUUUUUGGCUGUCAGCACUUGCCUCUUGGAAAAUGCCCAUUUUCUUCUUCUCAGUGGCUGCAAUCCAAAUGCCAAGAAUUCUGAAGGCAAUUCGCCUCUUCUUACAGAGCACACUCCCAACUUUUCAAAAAGCUGCCACUUUUCAGGUUUCAAGUGUUACCCCCUCAAAGAGGCCCUUCCUUUCCCGUCUACCUUAUCUAAGUUCUGUGAAGUAAUAACAUUGUCAUGGCUGCAACAUCUCUCUGGGGAAGUUGUUCGAGUGAUGCUUGAUUACGUCGAUCAAGUUCGAAUCUGUUCAAAGUUGAAAGCUGUGCUCCAAAAACAGGGGCUCUGGUCAGAAAUCCAUUUGAUCUUGACAAACCCUCGACCCCUCAGACAUCUGUGCCGCCUGAAGAUCCGGCAGUGUAUGGGGCGCUUACGUCUGCGCUGCCCGGUCUUCAUGUCCUUCCUUCCAUUACCAAACCGUCUCAAAGCCUAUGUCCUUUACAAAGAAUAUGACCUUUAUGGACAAGGAAUUUUCACAGGAACCUGGUAGUCAAACCGUUCUGGAUGAAAAGGUAUAAUUCUGUAAGCUGUAUUUCUUGAAGUUUGACUUGUUACAUAGGAUUCAUUAUUUCUCACUUUUCCUACCAACUAAAAUCUCAAUGCAGUCUACAUUCUUUCUUAAUACUGAUAUUACUAUUCUAUUCUUUCUUAAUAUGCUUAAUAUUGCUUCUUAGGGUGCCUAGGUGGCUCAGUUAAGUGUCUGACUCUUGAUCCUAGCUCAGGUCUUGAUCUCAGGAUCAGGAAUUCAAGUCCCAACUUGGACUUGAUACUGCUUUCCAAAAGCAUUCUGAAAGGCAGUUUAAAAAAAAAAAUAACACCCCCCCCCCAAAUAAAUUAAAAAACUAAACCCAAGCCUUAAAAUUUCAAUUAGCAGAAAUACAUCAGUUCUCACUCUGUAUUGAUUUUACAUUAAAUGUAUAAACUACACUUCUACAUGUCAAAACAAGAGAUGCCACCUUUAAUAAUUCAAGAUAACUAAUUCUUUUUAUAGAGAAGUACAUACAUAAAAUGUCUUAGUAAUUACAUUGAA